AUGAACACUCGUGCCCUGCAUCGCCCUGCGUUACACCCACUUUCUGAACGUGUACCACAACAAUCGCGUCUUCGCGUCAACCUUGUUCUCAUCUUGGUCGCAAAAUUCAAUUCCGAUUUCCAGACUCCGCUGAUAUUUGACGAGUCUGCGGACUAUUCGGACCCUGAAGAUUCAAGAUUUGCCGGUGCCUUUUCCGACGGCCUCUUGGCCAAGGCUGACUUUUCGAUGUCCGGUUUCGACAAGACCCCGUAUCGCGCCUCAGGAGAUUUCAAUGAUCCUAUGCAAGCCUUGUCAGACAACGCCUUCUACAGUCAAGCAUCUUACUUGCCUGAGUUGUAUGCCCCAUCUCAAGAGGAUCUCGGUAGUCCCGACACCGACAACCUGCACUAUGUCCCUCCCCAAGGGUACGCCGGUUCCUCAUUCGGAGAUGCGCAUUCGCCUCUGAUGGAUUCUGCUGUGAUCUCCACUCCCGAGGUCGUCUCUUUCUCUCCCCAGAGAGGCUCUGAGAACGGCGAAGUUUGCGUGCGUGUUCUGUCACCCUUCGACCUCCACUCGACUGCUCGCGCCAUCUUCCUUUCGUUUGGUUCCCGCCAGUGUGAAUGCUCGGUGAAUGUGCUCUCAACUCAGUCUUCUUCUUUUGACUACGCUUUCACUGCCAAGGUCCCAACCUUUGCCUUGACCAUGUCAUCUUCCUUUGAUGUUUCCUUGCAUCUUGUCAUCGACAUUCCUGCUGCCAGCCCUAUCAUGCUGCAGGUGGGUGUCUUUACCUACGAGCAGUACUUGCAACUGCCCAUCGAUGACUCGAGGAAAAGAAGCCUGUCCUCCUUUGAGAGCACUGCUUUGCGCCCAGCGAAGCGUCACUCUGCUCAUGAGGUUGAGACCAAGCCGGAGUACCCGACCCAUGCACGAUCUGCAUCAUACUCGCCUUUUAUGCAUACUCCGGUGACUACUGGCACAUUUCCCGCGCAAUACAAACCUGGCCACUCGCCCAGCGUAUCCUAUGAUUUCCUUGCCCCUCCAUCCGGUGUUCCUUACACUUCCCUUCAACCAAGCUCCCCCGUGAAUCCUUCGUGGAGCCCCUCGGCGUCUGUUGCCAGCACUGCCGCUUCAGCUGUUGCCAUCUCCUCUCACUCUCAAAACCCCACCCUGAUCCGCACGUCCACUUUGCAGCAGGGUCAUGGUAUGACUCCGUCGCCAGCCUUCAACCCAUACGCGAUGUACCCUACCAAAGCUGUUUUGAAGCUGAAUGGAGACCUCGACUCGAUGGCAACUGGUUGGAGUGAUGAUGAAAAGACAGCACAGCGUCGCCUGGUUCAGUUCACGCGCUCGCAAAACGGUAGCACUAUCAAUGCAGACUUCAAGCCCAUUUCUCCCCAGGAGCGUGCCCCAAACAGCAUCUGUAUUAGCUGCAUUACCUGGGAGGGCAAAGACGAGUGCUUCGUGACCAGCGUGGACACCAUCUAUCUCCUCGAAUCUCUUGUCGCUGUCCGUUUCACCGUUGAGGAGAAGAACCGCAUCCGCCGCAACCUCGAAGGGUUCCGUCCGCUCACCGUGUCCAAAACGAAGCCGGAUAGUGAAGAAUUUUUCAAGGUCAUCAUGGGAUUUCCUGCGCCUAAGCCGCGUAACAUCGAAAAGGACGUCAAAGUCUUUCCCUGGAAAAUCUUGUCUCUUGCUUUGAAGAAGAUUAUUGGCAAAUACUCUGCCAGCUACUCUUCUACUGCCGGGGCACUUUCGGCCACAUUGAGUGCUAGUCACUCCAUGGGCUCCGAUAUUGGGACAGAGUCCCAAAACCCCUCUUCUCCGCAGUCGGUGUCUGAAUCCACCACUUCCAGUGUAUACCCGUCCAAUUUCACUUCCACGUCUCUAUCUCCGGCGCUUGUUCAAACCACAUCCAGCUUCGGUUCUGAUUUCUCGAACCUGGCUGUCUCAAGCUCGGAUUACUCGACGAUGCCAACAGGCUAUGGAUAUGAAACGUCUUUCCAGAACACCCAAAUUAUGGCAAACGAGCCAUCCUGGGAUUUUGGUUCAUCUUCCAACCCGGAAGAUUUCGACCUGUCGUCAACUAUUCCAUACACCAUGGCCUGA